AUGGCACUUUUUAUAUUGUGUGGUAGUACUACAUCAUUUUCCACACGCUUCUAUUUAUUAGCGUUGAUCGCUCUUGUUCUUCUCUGCUUCUCUUCUUAUUGCUCGUCAUCACCAAUUGUUUCAUCAAUUACUGAUUCUGAUCAAUUACCGAAUGACAUGGAUGAAUCCAGUGAUGAUUAUGGAAUAAAUUAUGAUCUACCAUUUCGAUCAUCAUCACAUACAUCUUAUCCUGAACAAUCAAGAGCGUUAUCAAAUGAACGUUUUAUUCAACUUCUACUGAAAUCAGCUUUAAAUCAACCUGAAUAUCAUUAUAAUAAACACAAUAGCAAGCGUUAUGCAAUACAAGCAUUUCAUGCUAUGCGUGGUUAA